AUUCUCAUCCCUUAGAUCACACUUAAUGCUGGACAGAAUGAAUCAGCUGGGUAUAUAAAGUGUGUGAGUAGAGCAUUACAGAUGCCAAAGCAGCCUUUACCUCAGACCUCCUGCUCACUUUCUGUUGAGAAUAAAAAUACAGCUGACCAUUGCUUAGUGUCCAGGUCAUCAAUCUAGACUUUGUUUGUUAGGGUGGAGCUACAGUCUUUUGCAGUUUGAACAUCCUUUCCCUUCAUUCUGAGCUUAUUUUCUAGGAUAUGGGGGAACAAAAUAAAAUAUUAUCCCGUCCCAUUUUCCGCCGAGAUGUAAGCUGGGAUCCUUUCCCAAACUGGACGCAGCCGAGCCGAAUCUUUGCGCAGGAUUUUGGCCUCCCUCCCUUCCUGGAACCUAGUGAUCUGGACUGGAUAGACUGGUCAAAGAGGAGACUAGCAUCUUUCUCCUGGCCAGGGUACACACAAACUCCCCUUCUGCCUCCAUUUACUGGUCAGCACCCUGCGGCGUUGAACCAAAAGGGUCUGAGACAACUGACAAGUGGAGUGUCAGAGAUCCGAACAGGGCAGGACAGCUGGAAGAUUAACCUGGAUGUCAAUCACUUCUCGCCUGAGGAAAUUACAAUCACCACCAAGGAGGGUUAUUUGCAAAUAUCAGGAAAUCAUGAAGAAAAGCAGGAUGAGCAUGGAUCGGUGUCAAGGUGCUUCACCCGGAAAUACAAGCUUCCGCAGGGGGUGGACUUGCAGCACAUCAGUUCUUCUCUGUCUGGUGAUGGAGUUCUGUCCGUAGAGGCCCCCGCCCCCAGGACAUCCGUCAGCAUCCCAGCGAAUGAGAUUGUCAUACCUGUACAGAUCAGACAGACGCAGGAUGGUGAAAAGUGAGACCAGUAAGCAAGACUUUAAAACUACAAUCAGAUGCAAGUUGUCUGUAGCAACCUUUGUGGUACGGGCAUGAACAAGUUUGUUAUUUCCUGUAACAACCAGCUUGUGUUCCUGCUAUGAGAUACUAAUACUGUAAUGCAUUGUCACCAGUCAAUACACCACAAUACCAUGUCACAAGUACUUCAAAUGCAGACUCAUCAAUAUAACCAAAUAUAUAACUGAACACAUAACUGAAAAUAAGUUAUUCAUUUAGCUUGUCAGCACUUAUAAAAGGAUUAGCAGUACCUUGUAUUCCUAACAACAUACUGUAGUUGUGACCUCACAUGACCUAAGGGACUGUGGAGAUUAUGGCUGACAAUACUGGCCAAGAAUGGACAGUGGACUGGAUUAUUUAUAUCUUAACUGUUUAUUUCUUUAAUGACAAACAGGUACGUAUAUUAAAUUGUGCUUCUGUGUAACAUGGCAAGAUGAUUAAUAAAUAAUUUGGUUGAAAUUUAUUAUUAUGCUUUUGAUGAAGAGAAACACUGCAACUGUGUACUGCUGUGUGUUUGUCCUAAUGGUGUACAUUGCUGUAUUGAAUAUUGUAUUGUACCAGCCUAAUGAGCAUGUCCUGAUAUAUAAUAUUUAACAAAUGUAUUAAACAGCUUCUGCUAUAUAAAUAAAAAAAAACAAAACAAUGUCAUUUUCUC